CACAUUCUAGAGAGAGGAAAUCUUAGGGUUUGCGUCGCCACUCGUUGCUUCCCAUCUCACACAUUCUCCGUCGUUCCGCGCCACCGUUUGUUGCUUCCCGAUUUUCUCCAGUGACGCCCAUUCGAGGUCAGUCCCUCUGCCCUGCUACUUCAUGUCCGUCGAGUCUUCCUCUCUUCGCGCGUCCGAAGCCGAGCACGUGCUCGGGCUCGGCAAUCAUGGUUCCGUGGCUCAGGACGACCGAGCAGAGCAGCUGGGUUCCCCGUCCAUUGAGGAGAUCGCAGCUGUCGAGGUGCCCGGGGUUACUGAGCCCCGCCUCCAGAAACGCACCUUGCUCGUGGACUCUCUCAUCUGCGGGUGCAAGUGCGACUUGUCGGGUGACGAGUUUCUCAAGGCGGUGCGCUACGCCGGCCCCCUCGUGACCGUCCGUCGCCCUACCCCGGAGGAGUCGGUCUUCGACGUUCCUCCGGGCUACUUCGCCAUCCACCUCAAGUCCCUUGAGAGCGGCUUCCGCUUCCCCCUAGAGUCCUUGGUGAUCGACUUUUUCAAGUACUUUGAAUUCCUCCCGUGCCAAUUGGUACCAAACUCGCACCAGUACUUUGCGGGUUUCUUGAUCCGCUGUCGGGAGAUGGGCGUGCGGGCCGACCUUGAGGGCCUAUUGACUCUAUUCCGAGUGGCAAAGUCCUCCGGGUCGGAUGGGGGCUCUUUUACCGCCCUCUGUCAGUGGCAAGAGAGACUCUUCAAGACCAAGAAAGAAUCUAACAAGACUUGGAAGUCCAAGUUUGUCUUCGUCUCCGUGGGGUCAGCUUCCCCUUUCCGAGACGCGCCCCUCAGUUCUUUCCGUUGGCGAUCCAAACCCUUCGCUUCCUCUAAGGCCAUUGCUGACAUGGACAAGUUGUGUUUGGGCGGCCCCUACGAGCCCGGGUCCUUAGUGAAGACCGAGGCUCUCGCCGAGCUCGGGUUCGUCUCAAAUGACCAGGACGAGCCCAAGCACCGGGUCGUGCAAAGUCAGCUCGAGGAGGGCCCCUCAGGCGGCCAUGCGCAUCCCAGAGCUGGUGGAGCGCUUGGAGUGGCUCGUAUCGCUGCUGAGGAGAAGGCGCGCCGCCUCGAGGAGGAAAGCGAGCACGCGAUCGAGGCCUUCCACACCACCCCCGCGUUCGAGGAGGCGGCUCUCUCCCGCAUGGACGAUCUCUUGAAGAUCUGGGCUCAAACUCCUGAUGGCAAGCGCCUUCUCAUUAAAGAGGGGCAGGCCAACUACUCCUUGGGCUUGCACCGGGCUCAAGAAGUCUUGCUAGAGCGGAUCAGAGAUGGCAAGGAACUCCCGAAGCCGUGUAAGAACCCUGAGGAGUUUGACUCCGCUAUUUACUACUCCGAGGAUGAGGACGCUACUGGCGGGGGUGAGGACACCGCCGUGUGUGGGCUCGCCUUAGCGAAGCCGUGCUCGGGCUCGUACCAGCGAGGACGUGUUCGAGACCUUCAUCUGGGAAAAAUAUCCGGGUAUGGUCUGCGCUCGGCCUUCCUCCCGAGAAGGAGCGUCGGGCGCGAGUGUUUGAGACCUUCAUCCAGGAAAAACAUCCGGAAACGGUUUGCACUCGGCCUUCCUUCCGAGGAGGAGCGCCGAGCGCGAGUGUUUGAGACCUUCAUCCGGGGAAAACAUCCAGGUAUGCCCGUCGACUAUCGUUCGGUUGGCGUUCUCGACCUGCCCGUUUGUCUGUGGGUACCCAACCGACGCAUAGCUAUGCUUGAUACCCCAACUUUCAAGGAAGUGGUUGAAGGGCUUGGACUCGAAUUGUGUCCCAUUGUCUGUGAUUAUGUGCUCGGGUACGCUGAAGCGGCAGAUGACUUACUUUGUGAGAAACUUCUGGCAUUGAGCUCCGGUGAUGCUCGCCAAUGGGGCUGCCUCCGCCCACUUGGUGAAGUAGUCGAUGGCUACAAUGACGUACCUUACGUUCCCUGUACCUCUAGGAAGCGCACCCACGAGGUCCACCCCCCACCGCGCGAACGGGAUAGCUGUGCUGAUGGGGGUAUAGUUUGUUGAAGGCCUCCGUGGUGAAAGGUAACCAUGCAAGGAUAGGCAGCGGAAUACAAAAUUUUUAACAUCCUAACAUGAUUAUCUUGCCGAGAAUCACGUACUAAAACUUAUAGUAAGUA